AAUUCGACAGUAUACAACAUAAAGCCUGGAGAGAUGGUCCUUCCCGAUAAGAGCUCGGGGCCCAAAACGGUAUUCGGGAAACGGCCCCAGAGUCUCCCCUCCCCGGCCCUGUGCUGCGCCUGUGGCUUGUGCAUUAUGCUGGCGGGCAUCAACAUCACCCUGGUGGGGGCCUUUGCUUUCAAGUCCUUCAUCCCCACCAGCAACCCACCCAUCAUCAUCGGGCCCCUCCUCCUACUUGUGGCCCUGUCCUUUUUUGGGGCGUGCUGUGUGUGUGGGCGGCGGCCACCAACCCACAAUGCCGGCAAGGCCAAGGGGGACGAGAGCUGGGGUCGGACGCGGAUAGGGGCCGGCGUCACAUUUGAGAUGGAGACGAGCGAGCACACGCUGCAGGACACCACUGCUGUGCAGCUCAGUCCCACCAACUCUCAGAGCUCCUCCCACAAGUCUAGUAACUCCGCCCAUGGGGAUACCCCUGCAGUAGGGGCCUGUGAGGAUGACCCCACCCCCAGGGCCUGUGAUCUCGCCAGCUCAGAGGCCUAUGAUAUAGAUGUGAGACCUGAUGACCAGCUCUUGACCUCUGAGGACCAGGUCUUGACCUCUGAGGACCAGCUCUUGACCUCUGAGGACCAACUUUUGACCUCUGAGGACCAGGCAUUGACUGCUGAUAUUGAAGAUAAGGGGAGCAUCCAGAUGACGGCACUAUACAAGCCUUGCCCAACGUAG